UUAUGGUUGACAACAAAGGGGAAACCACCAAGAAAACGCAGCACCAUGCCCAUUUGUCCGCCUCUUCUGACGAACCUGCGGAUCAGGACCCCGCCGAGGAUCCGCCGCAGGCGGUGGUUUCCGGCGCCUCUCACUAUGUUUCUCCUACUCUAUAUAUUCCGGCUGAAUCUGUAAAUCCGAAGCGGCCCAGAUACGCCGUGGCUGCAUCUGCGAGCCAAUGGAAGCCGAUACCGUCUUCCUCCUCCCAGCCGAAGCCGAGUAUGUUGAGCUCAGAGUCAACGCCCUCUCCGUCGGCAAAUCCUCAGCCCGCCCACGGCCACGCCGCGGCUUCGUCUUCGAAUACGGCGUCUUCGCCGUCGCAUUCUCCCCGGCCAUCUCACUCCGGGCAAGAGGCCAACAAGCCGUCCGAAAUGGAACACUUUCCCCAGCAACACCACCAAUUCAGGAAGGGCAAGUACGUGAGUCCGGUUUGGAAACCUAAUGAGAUGCUGUGGCUAGCUAGGGCAUGGAGGGUUCAGUACCAAGGCGGGUCUUCGGAGCUGCAAGGAGAAGGCGGCGAGGUCACCACUGUGACUCCGCCGGGAAGAGGGAAGACUAGGGCGGAUAAAGAUAGGGAAGUAGCGGAGUUCUUGAACCGGCACGGAGUCAACCGGGAUGCCAAAACCGCCGGCACAAAAUGGGACAACAUGUUGGGCGAGUUCAGGAAGGUUUAUGAAUGGGAAAGAGGAGGAGAACGAGAGCAAAUGGGAAAGAGUUACUUUAGACUUUCGCCAUACGAGAGAAAGAUUCACAGAUUGCCUGCUUCUUUUGACGAGCAAGUGUUCGAAGAAUUGUCCCAGUUCAUGGGCCCAAGGAUGAGAACUCCUCAAACUACCAGAGGUGGUGUUGCUCAGCUUAUUUCCACCGGAGAUGCUUUAAUGCCGCCCAAAUCUUUGCCUCCGCCGCAUCCCACCUUUAGAGACGAUGAACUUUCCCAGCUCCCAGGUGCAAGGGCGGCUAAGCAGCUUGUAUUGGCAAGCGGAGAAGGGAUAAUUCAUGGCGGGACGAGAGGUAUGUUAGGGUUUGAAGCAUCAAUGGAAGGUGGUGCAGUGGGGGUAGGGGCGUCAUUAUCUUCAAGCUCCAGCACAAAACAAGUGCGGCGGAUAGGGAAGAUAAGAAUGAUAUGGGAAGAGAGUGUGAGUAUAUGGGCUGAAGAAGGCGAGCAUCAUAGAGGUAGAGUGAAACUUCCAGGCUCAAGCUUCUUAAACGCAGACGAAUUAGCUUUCUUGGAUGACUCCAUGGUUGCUUCCACCAUGGAAACCUUCGAAGAUGGGCCCCUUAAAGGCUUCUCCGUCGACCGCUUCAUUUCCGGCCAGCACCUCAAAGUCUUCGGCCGGAGAAAGCCUUCCCUACCUCCUCCUACCGCCUCUAAUGAAAGAUUUCAGCUUCAUUCUAUGGAACCCUCCAUCCGAUCAAUUACUCCAUGGGAGUUUCAAGAUCCGACCGAGUACUAUGUGGGGUGUUUGCGUGUUCCGCCGCCGUCAUUGCCUUGCCUGUUUGAACUCUCCUGGUACUUACAAGAACCGCCGCCUGAGGAUCUUCGGUUCCCGCUGAGAAAAGACGUUUACAGAGAUUUGCCUCAAGGAAAAGAAUUAUUCUUUACCACUUCCACUGAGCUAUUGGACUGUAGAGGAAUCAGUUUUGACGUAUUGAGCUCUGUGAUGAGAUCAAACCCUAGCCUUUGCGCCUCAACCUCGGCUUGUAGGGACUCUUUUAUAGGCCUCUGGGAUGAUUGCAUCAAUCGGAUUGUGUCCAAAUUCUGCUCCCAAGAAAUGGUUUUUAUCCGAAAAUCUUCAUCUUCUUUGGCAGAAACAGUUGAAGAUCAGUGGCCAAAUGUGACGGCUUUCAUUCGGAAUUUUUGCCUGUGGAGGGGAGAAGAGACUGAUCAGUUAAGGGAAGGGCAACUGGAUCCUUCUUCCACACUAGUGGAAAAAAUUAUGUGGACAUACGCUGAUGUUCCAUACGUCCUAGGUUACUAUGCUGUCGGAUUUGUCGUUACAUUCUGCGCUUUAAGUCGGUUACAAGACCGCAUUAUUCGGACGGACCUUUACACCGUUGAUCUGUCGACACCAUCGGAGAGAUUGAAAGCGCUUGUCCCGUGCUGGAGAAUUGCAGGUGUGUUGCCUUUGUUGGCUGAUCGAUGUAGCGUUGGAAUUGGGAAUGGAUACAAUAAGGUUUUGCCGUACGGGGACUUCGAAAGAAGUGAUUUGGGAAACGGAAACAUCAUCGAGAUGACGCCAAACAGUGUGGUGAGAUAUUUCUCCAGUAGAAGAAAGUGGGCAGCCAUUAAAGAAAUCUACGAUUUUCUCGAUCACAGAAUCCCACAUGCGGAAUUCAUCGUACGGUCGUCGGAGAAAGAUUUAGCGUUGGUGUUGAAGCCCCGGGGGUGUAGAUUCCGGCCGGGAAAUUGUGAUCAGUUAGUGGAAGCUCUGAAGCAUGUAACUAAAGCGUUGGUGGCUUUGCAUGAUUUGUCGUUCAUGCACAGAGAUUUGGGAUGGGAUAAAGUGAUGAGGAGAAGCGACAGGGAAGAUGGGGAAUGGUUUGUUACUGGGUUCGAUGAGGCGGUGGGGGCGCCGCAGAUAAACGCGCACGGAGGGGCGGCGGCGAGUGGGAGACACGCACCGGAAAUGGGGAGGGGUUUGCAUGGGGUGAAAGUGGAUGUUUGGGGGGUGGGUCAGCUGGUAAAGACGAGUGGAUUGGUUGGAGUGCCAAAGCUGCUGAGGGAAUUGCAGAACAGAUGUUUGGACCACAACCCGGAGCAGCGUCCCACGGCGGCGGACUGCUACCACCAUCUUCUGCAGCUUCAAUCUUCAAUGUCAUCCGCCGCCUCAGGAGGGUAUUGACAGUUGAGAGGUGAUUUGAUCGAUGCAUUGCAUGGGGGCGUUCGUUGAUUUAUAUUUAUGCAUGCAGGUGUUACGUGAUUUUAUCGUAGCGUAGUGUGUAUUGAUAUUUGGCGGCAGUGUCAUGUCGAUUGUCGGGUCCAACAAAACAAAAAUUUGAUUUUUCUUAACAACAAUUACAUCAUUGGCUUUUGGAAC